AUGGCAAUCCCAACGACUAUUCCCACUUGCCGGCCGCCAAUGGCUGGCUAUCCUAACUUGCCCAACAGCCAUGGCAACGGGCCCGUUGAAAACGGCUAUCCCAACGGCAAUGCCAAUGCCAAUAUUAGCAGCAGUAGCGGCAGCGACGGAGGCGACAGCAGCCUCGACAGCAGCAACAAUAUUGACAAUUGGGACAACAGCGACCGCAGAGGGGGAAACAUUGAAAAUGAUGGCACUGACGUAGACAUCGUCGACAUUGACACCAACAGCGAAACCAUCAAUGGAGACAUUGGCAGAGACGGCAAAAGCAGCAACGUCAACGAGAAAAGUGACGGAGGCGAUGAGGAAGGCAACAGCCAAGAUGAGAAAAGUUAUGACGAUCAUGAGGAAAGCGAUGACCACGUUGAUAAACCUUAA